AUGAAGGAAAAUGUCGUACAUCCAUCAUGUGUCCAGGAUCACCAAGCUACUCCUAGUGUAUUCUCGUUCACAAACAAGUUAUUGGAACAGGAUAAAUCGUUCCUGAAUCGUACUUUCACUAUUGAUACGAACAAGAGGGAGAGAAUUGCUGAGUUUAAGAUCGAUGAAGCACUUCGUAGAGGUAACGCUCGUUCACGAAGCAGUGAUUUUCGACGAUCUUACAAAACUCGUGAUGACACUAGACGGGCUUGUUCUCAUUCGAUAUUCUCAUCCAGCUGUAAACUUCCUUCUUUGACCGCCAACGUCACGAAGAUCGAGAAUCGUACAUGUACGUUGAGACCAUGGAGUCGAACUCAGGAAGAGCUACGAAAGUACAAGGAAGCGCUUCAAUAG